AUGUUCCAUGACAUCAGAGCCCAACAAGAGGCUCAAGGUCUAGACCCAUGGGUGCCAUUUGCGGACGCAGAGGAAUGGGGACUUGUGAAAUGGUUGGUAUCCCGUGUGGGCCAAAAUGCGAUAGACGAGUUCAUGAAACUACCAAUUACCAGCCGCCUUAAUACGUCGUUCACGAGCAAAUACACCCUGAUGAAAGCAAUCGAUCAGCUUCCCUGUGGAACAGAAUGGCAGUUAAAGAGAAUAACUGUACAGGGCAACAAACUCACCAAUAACGGGCAGUGCGAAACCAAAGACCUUGAGCUGUGGCUGUGGGACCCAGUAGACUGCAUCCACGAGCUCAUGGUGAAUCCUGAGUUUGAUCGCAUGGUGUCAUAUGUGCCAGAGAGAGUGUUUGCAGACGUGGAGGGCAAGACAAGACGGUAUGAUGAAAUGUGGACAGGUGACUGGUGGUGGGAGAUGCAGGGAAGAUUGCCUCAAGGGGCAGUUGUUGCACCGACUUCACUGUCACAGUUCCGGGGAGACCAAGAGGUUUGGCCCAUCUACCUGAGCCUCGGGAACAUAUCAAAAGAUAUCCGAUGUCAGCCAUCCAAACACACCACAAUCCUCAUCGCAUACUUACCAAUCUCGAAGUUAGAAUGCUUCAUGGCAGGUAUGGAUGGAGUCGAUGUCACCUGCCCUGAUCGUCAAGUAAGGCGGAUGUAUCCUGUCGUGGCAGCAUAUAUUGCUGAUUUUCCGGAGCAGUGCUUGGUGGCGUGCUGCAUGGAAAACAGGUGCCCAAAGUGUGUUGUGGGCCGCAACGAGCGUGGGGAUAUGAGGACGUCGCCAAUGUGCAAUCGAGACUCCACGGUCGAAAGCCUGCACUUGCACCGUGAUGGUGAAAUGGGGAAUGAUCAGUUUGAAGGAGAACUAGGACUACGAGCCAUCUACUCACCGUUCUGGGCGACACUCCCACACAACGACAUCUUCUCAUGUAUCACCCCCGACAUUUUACAUCAGCUGCACAAAGGAGUUUUUAAGGAUCACAUUGUUAGCUGGUGCUCCGAUAUCAUAGGCGAGGAAGAACUUGAUGCACGGUUCAAGGCGAUGACGUCAUAUUCAGGACUCCGACACUUCAAAAAAGGCAUCUCCAAGCGUAAACAAUGGACGGGGGCAGACUACCGAGAGCUGCAGCGUGUCUUUCUCGGUGUGAUUGCUGGCGCGGUUGACCAUAAAGUUCUGACAGCAGUGCGUGGCGUAUUAGAUUUUAUUUACUAUGCGCAGUAUCAGACGCACACAGAAGACACACUUGCCCAUAUGCACGCUGCCCUCGCCUCAUUCCAUGCUAAUAAGAACGUCUUCAUCGACCUCAGGGUGCGGGAACACUUCAACAUACCGAAAAUUCACUCGAUGAUGCAUUACAUCGACACCAUUCGCGUUCUCGGCAGUGCGGACGGUUUCAAUACUGAACUUCCUGAAAGGCUGCACAUUGAUUUUGCCAAGCGGGCAUACCAUGCAUCGAAUCGCCGCGACUAUGUCAUCCAAAUGACUACCUGGCUACGGCGACAAGAGUCCAUCCACAUCCAAGAUGCCUACCUUCGAUGGUGGGGUUCCCAGCACCCUGUCAAUCAAGGUUCAAACUCGCUGGAGCAAGACUCGGAUACCAGCGGCUCUGAUUCGGAUUCGGAUGGCACAGGACCUGGACAAUUUCGUAUUGACUUGCCUUGUCAGGUACAACGGUUCACAAUGGUGACAGGUUCACGCGGCUACUUUGUCCCCAGGACAUGUCCCUUUCCGAAUUCGACGAUCCAGCGCUUGCUUAACGAGCAUGGUGCUUCACUUUUCAUUCCGUCUCUUGAAGCAUUUCUUCGCAUCCAUGUACCGAGUUGGUCGCACCGAAAACUCACACCACAAGACCGGGUCGACGUCUACAAAUACCUCAAGAUUCUCUCUCCAGCACGACCCCAUAUCAACAACAGAAAGUGUCUGUUCAAGGUCCGUGCAUCACCAGUGAUUCCUGCGACGGAUGUGAGGAGACCAUCAGCGCCUGCACACUUUGACAGUGUGCUGGUGAUUGAAGAUGAGAAUGAGUACAGCGGUGAAGGUAUAUCCGGUCUUAGAGUGGGUGAAGUAAGGGUCGUUUUCAAGCUUCCAUCAUGUCUCAGGAAUUUUCCUCACCCCCUGGCAUACAUUCAUUGGUUUCGGCCGCUUCAAAGCUUUGAUGAGAUUUUACACAGCUUCCGCCUCACUAGCUCUUCACGUCAGCGUAGUCCUAACGCACUAGUGGUACCAGUUCAUCAAGUUCUUCGCCCAUGCCAUCUUAUUCCUCGGGUUGGUCAAGAGUCGGAGGUGCGAGGAGAAUUUUAUCUUAAUAGGUACAUCGAUUUGGAGUUGUUCGAGCACUUGUCCGAAUCCGAGAGGCUAUGAUACCAUUGAUAUUAACCAUAGGGUGCCAUAUUGACUAUGAGUUGCCGGACAAACCACAUAGCUACUAUUGGCAUCAUGGCACGCUACAGUGUGGUAUUUAGUGCUAUGGAUGGUCUAUAGAUGCUCUGUUGUGCUAUCAAGGCUAUGUAGCGAUAUAUACUCUUGCAGUGUGCAACUUGUGUCCGACCUUUUUCCUGAUGCACUCC